ACCCUCUGAGGCGGCGGCGCCGGGAGCGGGGCGGCGGGGUCGCGGCGGCGGCGAGAGGGCGGCGGGAGCGCGCGGCGGCCCCAACUCCAGCCUCGGGAGCGCGCCGGCGCCCGCCCGCCGGGCCGGCCGGCUGCGAUGUCCGGCGCCGAGGAGGCCGGCGGGGGCGGCCCGGCCGCGGGGCCCGCGGGCGCCGUGCCCGCCGGGGGCGGAGCCGGAGCCGGGGUCGGGCCCGGGCCCGGGGCGGCCGCGGGGCCGGCGGCGGCGGCGGCGCUGGGCGAGGCGGCGGGGCCCGGGCUCCCGGACGAGUCGGGCCUGGCCGGCGCCCGGCAGCUGCAGGAGGCGGCCGGCGACCCCGACGCGCCGCCCAAGAAGCGGCUGCGCGCGGCCGAGGCGGCCGAGGCGGCGGCGGCGGCGGCGGCGGGCAGCGGGAAGCUGGAGGAGCGGCUCUACUCGGUCCUGUGCUGCACCGUGUGCCUGGACCUGCCCAAGGCCUCCGUGUACCAGUGCACUAACGGUCACUUGAUGUGCGCUGGCUGUUUUAUCCACCUACUAGCAGAUGCCCGGCUGAAGGAGGAGCAGGCCACGUGCCCCAACUGCCGCUGCGAGAUCAGUAAGAGCCUCUGCUGCCGCAACCUGGCUGUGGAGAAGGCCGUGAGCGAGCUGCCGUGCGAGUGCGGCUUCUGUCUGCGCCAGUUCCCCCGCUCCCUCCUGGAGAGGCACCAGAAGGAGGAAUGCCAGGACAGGGUGACCCAGUGCAAGUACAAGCGCAUUGGCUGCCCGUGGCACGGCCCCUUCCAUGAAUUGACAGUACAUGAGGCCGCUUGUGCCCACCCCACCAAGACGGGUAACGAGCUGAUGGAGAUCCUAGAUGAGAUGGACCAGAGCCACCGCAGAGAGAUGCAGCUCUACAAUGGUAUCUUCAGCCUGCUCAGCUUUGAGAAGAUCGGCUAUACAGAGGUCCAGUUCCGGCCCUACCGUACGGACGACUUCAUCACGCGCCUGUACUACGAGACGCCCCGCUUCACGGUGCUUAGCCAGACGUGGGUGCUCAAGGCGCGCGUCAACGACUCAGAGCGCAACCCCAGCCUGUCGUGCAAGCGCACGCUCUCCUUCCAGCUGUUGCUCAAGAGCAAGGUCACAGCACCCCUGGAGUGCUCCUUCCUGCUGCUCAAGGGCCCCUAUGACGACGUGAAGAUCAGCCCCGUCAUCUACCACUUCGUCUUCACCAACGAGAGCAACGAGACGGACUACGUGCCGCUGCCCAUCGUCGACUCUGUGGAGUGCAACAAGCUGCUGGCCGCCAAGAACAUCAAUCUGCGGUUCUUCCUGUUCCAGAUGCAGAAGUAGGCGGCCCACCGCCGGCCACACCUGCCCGCGGCUUCACAGAGCUGUCGCCUGUCCCGGCGGGGGGAGCGAAUGUGACCAAACCUUGGGAAGUCUGCAUGCGUGUGUGAAGGUGUGAGCGCCCGCCACCUCCCUGCGCCCACCUCCCCUAUCCCAGGGCCCGAGACUAGGCCGCCCACGCAGGAGACAGGCUCAGGGACAGGGUGGGUUGCCAGCAGCGACCCAGCCCCACCGCGCACCCGGGUGCGCACCCUGCUCUGGGCCAGACUCGGGGCCUCGCUGACUUGGGACUGCACAUUUGAUGGCAAUUAAAAAGGCACCCUUGUUUCCCACUUUCUGUUUUGUUGGAUGGCGUGGCUGUUAAUGACAGCUGGAAAUUCGGUUUGACCUGGGGUCAGCCUGCCCACCCUCCCCUGUCCCCACACUCAGUUGCUGCCCCAUGGGUCCCAAGUCGAUCUCAGAGGCCCUCGGACCCCCACCCCAGGCCUCUCCUGGGGAGGCAGGACCUGACCAUCAGGGCUCAGCAGAUGCUUUCGGAACGCAGGGUGAAAUUCUGUCUCUUCAGGAAAAAAUUAAACUCCUACAGGAUCUUCUAUGAAUUACGCACAUUUAGCAAAAGAAUCUAUUUUCUGUUCUUGGCCUGAGGCUGCAGCAUGCCCGCUGAGAAGGUGGCUGUGGGUGGUGGACUGGGGAGGGGGGUGAGGGAGUGGGGGGGGUGAGCCGGCCGCCCCCUCACUGCCCUAACAAGGUUCGCUGGCACACAGGUGGCUGCUGCUGCUCCAGGGAGGUGGGCCAGGCUGGGGAGGAGCCCUCGGCCUUGUCCUUGGCUGACCCUGACUCAGCUGCUGGGAGGGCUUUGGUGUCAUCCCGCCCUCCCCUCCCCUCCCCCCAGCUUAGAGCAGCUCUUCUGCUGUGGCAGCAUUUUAUGGCUUCAAUACCAAAGAACGAUUUCCUUUGGCACGGCCCACCCCAUGCCUCCAGAGCCUAUUGCCUAUGCCCCUAUCUUCCUUUGUCCAGGCUGAAGCCAGGCCUGUCCCUGGGGUUCCAGAAGUGGAACACCCCAGGGAGCUGGGGGCUCAGGUAGUGGCCUCGCUUCGCUCCUCCAUUGGCCAGACUGCCGAGCUAGUUGGAGAAGCCACUGCUUUCUGCUCCCCCCUGGCCACUGGACCAAGCCUGCAGCGACGGUGGGUGGGAGAGUUACUCUGCCUUCUCCAAAGACUCAACCAUGGCUUUGGAAGCAGCAGUGCCCCAGAGGAUGGCCUCUGAGUACACGGAUAUCAUCUUCAUGCAUGAGGAUGAUGAUGUCACGGCGUCUUGGGACCGACACUCUAGAGUUGAGAGGUGCUGGGGUGGGAGCAGGUGAGGACAGGGACUUCAGUGGCUGCCUAGGAAGGUGGGGGUUAUGAGGAGGGCAAAGCCAGGGACUGACAGGCCCCUCAUUCUGUCCCACUCUGGGGGGCAGGAGGAGCUAGGGGUAAUUACUCAGGCAAGGCUUCCCUGCAGGGUGUAUGUAUGUAUGUCCAUCUCUUCCCCCCUUCUGUCCAUUUGGGAGUGCGACUUAUACACCCCAAUCCAUUGCCAUCACUGCAGAUUCUGAGCCAGACCCUCAGGACACUGUCAUGAGUUUCUGGCAGCAUGUCACCAUGGGUCUUUGCCUUCCUGGGGGACGUGCCACCCACAACUGCUAGGAGAAAAAAAACAAUGACUUGUCUCUAGGACACCAUCGGGGCAGGCAUCCCAAUCCAGUCCUUUAUGGGUCACUCUGAGGGUUCUAGGGGUGGGCAGGCUGGGGGACAGGCCAAACAGUCCCUCUGUCCCUCUCACCCUGUGAGCUCUAUAUCUCUGCAGUGAGACACUGACCAAACAAUAAAAGUACCUUUUUCAAGA